GUGUUAUUUUAUCUGCUGUGUUGUUGGUUCUCGAAAUGGGUGUCGUCGCAUCACGGCAUCUGAGCGCCGCGAAGCUGCAACAGAUCGAGAAAGAGUCGGGUUUCUCGCCGCAACGCAUCGAUUAUCUGCUGGGGCAGUAUCAAACGCUGGGACGCGACUCGAACAAUUCGGUUCUCCGGACUGAGCUGCUCAAGGUGCCGCCUGUGGCGCAGCAUCCGUUUGCGGAACGCCUGGUCGAAGUGUAUCUGUAUCCGUCACUCUGCUUCCAACACUUUAUACUUGGCCUGUCGCGCUUCCGACGCCACGUGCCGCUGCAACACAAGCUGGCCUCGCUGCUGCACAUGUACGAUGACGAUGGCGAUGGGCUGCUUAGCGCGGAUCGGUGCGAGGAGCUGAUCUGUUGUCUACCGGCGACACGGCAUGAGCUGCGUGCCAUACGCUGGAAACUCAAGCAGCUGGUGACUGCAAAUGAAAUGGAACAGCAGCAGCCGCAAGAGGGGCAGCAAGUGAAGCAAUUGAAAGGUUUCCUUAACUGCGACGAUUUGGACUUUAUCACACGUAAUGUGGAUCUCGAUGAGAGUCUCUCGCUGCGCUUCAGCUAAACAGCAAGUUAUAUAUGUAUAUAUAAACAUAUACUUAAAUGGGUUAUGUUGCCGCCUCCCAAACCAUCCUCACAGUUGAGUCAAAUUGCAUAUUCGCUGUUCGCUGUUCGCCGGUUGCCGGUUGCCGGUUUUGCCGGUUUGCCGUUCGCAUAACAUCACGUUGCCAAAAGUUUUCAUAUAAACGCAAAAGUUAAGUCAUUCCUGAAAAUUGUUUCUUGAAAUUUACUUGCAGGCACUUCAGUGUGCGAAGGAGACAGCGACAGAGAGCGGGAGCGGGAGCGAGAGAGCGAGAGCGAGAGAGCGAGCGAUGGAAGCAGCUUGCACUUUAAUGGGGCACUUGAAAGCAGCGUCGUGUCCUCCGCUAAGUCCCCAUCGCCCACCCCCGGCAAAUGGUGCGCCACUUGACUUGUGUGUCUUUAUUGGGCAUGUGGCUGCCUACAUACAUAUGUUACGACACCGCCUCCCGUCUCACUUGCUCCCCGUAAACUUGCGGCUCAAUUUUGGAGAUUUGGUUUGAGGUCACCUGUUACCAGCUAACUGUUGUUUCUACCUAUGUAUGCGUUAGUCUCUGUAUGUAUGUGUAUGUGUCUGUGUAUGUGUGUGACAUACUGCAAGUGCUGCUUUGGCACUUCAUUGUGCUUCUGGGUGUCAUUCAUCCUAUUGAGUAAUUGGCAACGCGUGUCGCAGCUCUUUGAUAUCCAAACAACACCUGCUGCUGGGUAUCCUGAUGAUGAUGAUGAUGUUCAAGGUGUGCAUUUCACACAUCUGAGCGAUUUUAAUGUUUUAUUUACGUUAAUUGAAUUACAUAUCUUAUUGCAAGUAAUUUGUUACAUUUUGAAUAAAAUAUAAUUUCAACCUCUGUCUCUCU